CAGGCGCAGGGCUGUCGCCGGGUGCGCCCCCAGCUUUCAUGGGCGAGCAUGGACCGGGUGCCCAGACCGCCGGGCACGUGCCGCGUGGAGCACCGUGACUUCAGGAUCGUGAUCAUGGAGGCCCCCGUGGAGUCCAACUCGGCACAGUACGUGACCGAGCUCAAGUCGCAGGGGGUCACAGAUGUGGUGCGGACCUGCGAGCCCACCUACUCCCCCGAGAGGUUCGAGAGCGAGGGCAUCAGGGUGCACGAGAUGACCUUCCCCGAUGGCGCAGCGCCUCCGGAGGAGACCAUUCAGAGGUGGACCGACCUGCUGAGGCGGAGGUACAGAUCCAAAGAUCCCGCCGACUCGGGAGUGGUUGCCGUUCACUGCCUGGCCGGGCUGGGGAGGGCGCCCGUCCUGGCGGCCGUGGCGCUGAUCGAGAUGACCCGCAUGGACUACAUGGACGCGGUCGAGAAGAUACGGGAGGUGCGGAGGGGAGCCAUCAACGUCAAGCAGGUCGCGUUCUUGAAGGACUCCUUCCGAAUACAAGCCUGUCACCUCGUCGCCGCCCUGCUGCAUCGUGAUGUAGACCACUCCAACUCGUGCCUCGUGGCACGGUGGCGGACCUUGCGCAGCCAUGUCGCGCAGCUUCUCCGCCGUGCCGAACAUCUGAGCUGCAUCAGGCUAAACAAAAAUCAGACCAGAGGUUGUCUGAGUCUGCGUCUUUUUGGCUCACGCGGUCCGAAUGACCGUAAUCGCCAGCGGAGCUCUGAAGGUAGUAGAGCAUCUUCGGCAGGACGCUGUCUUCGCUGCUGCAUGCUGGUCUUGGGUGCCUCGGACUACUUACUUAGUCUGCAUGGGCGAGUAACAAGAUGCCAACUGUUGUCGCAAGCCAGCACUCUGCGAGUGGCGGAGUGUAGAAUGUUCCUUCAGCUCAAGCGUGCUUCCCGUACGUAGUACCAACUUAUCGCGUUCCAGCUGUGUCUUGGUAUCGCGCUGCUCCAUGCCAGAUCGUCUUGCAGGAUCAAGCGGAAGGGACUUGCCGUUGAAUAUCGCGGUACUCUCUCUGCCUUCGAUAUUGCUAGCUCGUUUCCAGGAUAGAGUAUCUCAG